AACUGCAUAUAUAAAGAAAAUAAUUGAUAAAAAUAAGCAAAAAAUACAUUAACAAACCAAUAACUGUUGCUCGCAACACUUACUGGAACAUUUACUAACAACUUAUGCGUAAAUAGUACACGACGGGAGUGUACAUGUGUGUGGCACUGCGGCAUAUGAAAGUGCAAUACUAAAAAUAAAAUUAUAAUUUACUUAUAAUUGCAAUAUGAACGCUACGUCUGAUUUGGAGUAUGCCGGUAACGGCAAAGAAACCAAUGGCAGUCGAGAUAAGGACCGGUCGCGCUCCAGAGACCGUGGCAGAGACAAGGAUAAAGACAGGGAACGUGAGAAAAAGCGCAAAGAUCGUGAGCGUAGCAAAGAUAGGGAGAGUCGCAGACGAGAUAGUAGGGAACGCGAUAAGGACCGAGACCGUGGGGACCGGGAUCGAGAACGUGAACGCGAGUCGCGGUCACAUCGCAGCCGUGAUGAUGAUGAUUACGAUAGGCGUCGAAAGCGUUCACGCAGCAAGGAUCGCGAGCACAGGCGCGAUAGAGACCGUGAUUCUCGCUCCAGACGCAGCGGCUCGCGCGGUGGCAGUAGCCGGGAUGACUAUGAUCGCAGUCGGAGGCGUCGCUCAGGUAGUCGCAGCUACGAUCGUCGCAAGAAUGAAACGCAUCGCAGUAGUCGGGACCGCAACAGUCGUGAGCGCGCCAGCCGAGAUCGCAACAGUCGGGAUCGUAGUAGCCGCGAUCGUGCCUACGUAAAUCCGUUUGACACCUCCAGUAAUCGCAGUUCGCUCUUCGAACAGCAGCCUCUUUCGCUCUUUGAGCGACAGCAGUCACAGCUGGAGACGAUUAGAGAGGAAACCAACUCACGCUUUGAUCUCACACAGACUAUACAAGAGCUCAUGAGCAAUGCAACCAAUAACAAAGGCUUUGCCUCACUCUUCAGCAGUCAAAAUAGCAAUGACUCGGCAAGCAAUGGGAUGGAGGAGAACUCAAUGGACAGCGCAGCUGAGCGCAAACGCAAGCGGAAAUCACGCUGGGGUGGCACUGAGAAAGAUAAGACGUUUAUACCGGGCAUGCCAACAAUAUUGCCAUCAACACUGGAUCCGGCACAGCAGGAAGCAUAUUUAGUUCAAUUCCAAAUCGAGGAAAUCAGCCGCAAGCUACGUACCGGCGAUCUCGGCAUCACGCAGACACCAGAAGAAAGAUCGCCUUCACCGGAACCCAUAUAUAGCUCUGAUGGCAAACGCUUGAAUACGCGUGAGUUUCGCUACCGCAAGCGCCUCGAGGAGCAGCGUCAUCAGUUGAUUGUCAAGAUGCAGGCGGUUAAUCCCGAGUUCAAGCCACCAGCUGACUACAAGCCGCCUGUAACGCGCGUCAGCGAUAAGGUGUUGAUUCCUCAAGAGCAGCAUCCGGACAUAAACUUUGUGGGUCUGUUGAUUGGUCCACGCGGCAAUACGCUGAAGGCCAUGGAAAAAGACACGGGAGCCAAGAUAAUUAUACGUGGCAAAGGCUCUGUGAAGGAGGGCAAAGUGGGUCGCAAGGAUGGACAGCCGCUUCCAGGCGAAGAUGAACCUUUGCAUGCGUUCAUAACAGCGCCAAAUCCUGAGGCAGUACGCAAGGCUGUCGACAAGAUCAAGGAUGUUAUACGCCAGGGCAUUGAAGUGCCCGAAGGCCACAACGAUUUGCGUCGCAUGCAACUGCGCGAGCUAGCGCAGCUCAAUGGCACCUUGCGUGAGAAUGAUGUACAGCGUUGCACCUGUGGCUCCACGGAUCAUAAGUCCUGGCAGUGUCCGGACAAACCAAUCAUAACGAACACCAUAGUGUGCACGUCUUGCGGCGGCACAGGCCAUUUGACCAAGGAUUGUCGCAACAAGCGUCCGGGCUCUGGUGUGCCGGGCAUGGCUUGUGAGGACUCGCAGGCUAAAAUAGACGAGGAAUACAUGAGUCUUAUGGCUGAGCUGGGCGAGGGACCGCCGCCCAAUGCUAAGAAUGAUACGCCGCCUACACCGCAACUGCAUCGCGCUAGUUACAGCAUCUUUGACAAGAAACCAACUCAGCUGCAAGCAAUACAGUCGCCACCCAGCUCCACGUCGCGCGAUCAGCGAGAUAUGAACAGUGGCGGUUGGGGCGGACCGCCACAGGAACUUGGCAUGGAUCAUGGCAUGAAUAUGGAUCACGGUAUGGCUAUGCCGCCAUUUGUGCCCGCUCCACCAGUGCCGCAUGCGCCGCCGCCCAUGCCGCCAUCGUUGAUGCCUUGGAUGAGCGCAAUGCAGCCGCCGCCACCAGCAACGGAGCCGAUUAAUCCGCCCAUACCGGGCACAUUACCGCCACUCAUACCUCCGCCACCUGGCACGAGUGCGCCGCCCAUGCCUCCCUGGGGCAGUUAUCCAAGCUAUCCUAGUUAUUCCGGCUAUGCACCACCGCCGCCGCCACCUUGCGUACCGCCACCACCUCCUCCUCCAGCUAAUUAAAAUUUUGUAAUCUUUGACCGC